UGGAGGUUUAGGGCUUGCGGCGAGGAGGGAUGGGCAAGAAGAAGAAAUUCAUCGACAAGAAGAAAUCCGCCACAUUCGCGCUGCUCUACCGGGAAUCUGGCGAUGGCGAGGAGAUUGGGGGUGAGCGAGUGUACACGCGAGUGGACGGCAAUACCGCGAUCCGGUUGCCAGGUUUCGAGCAAGACGACGACGAUGAUUCCAGGUUUGCUGAUGCUGAGGAGGAAGAAGAAGAAGGGGAAUUGGAGGCGGCAGUGGCGAAGAUGGAGAUUACUCCGCAGGGAUUGCCGGAGCAUGUAAGGAGAGAGCUCGUGGAGAUGGGAUUUCCAGACGAUGGCUACAAUUACAUGAAACAUAUGAGGAGCAUUGGUGCUGGAGGCGGUAGCGUCUUUGUUCCCACGACCAGUGAGACGAGUAAUGUUCUUCCAGCCGAUUUUAAGGCUUAUGAUGCUUCCAAAGUUCCUGUCAAGGAAGCGGUUGCGGACGAAUCUGCCAGUAACACGAUCAAUCUCAGGCAGAUUCGAAGUGCGUUUGUCAAGGUGGGAGGCUUGGAUCCCGAAGUUGCUGCUGUUCUCGAGGAGAGUGAUUUCUCAGACGAUGAUGGGGACGAGUCCGAUGGUUUGCAAGACGAUUUUAUCCUCAUUGCAAACAAGGGGGUGGAGGAAGAGGCCAAAGCCGAAACUUCCAACAGGAAGGAUUUGCCACCCGUGAAAAGGUUCGAAGAAGAGGAAGGGGAAGAAGUUCGGUCUUUCGCAGCGAUGGCCAUCACCGACGAGCGAGCGAAUGGUAUUCUCGACGAGCAGUUUGAAGUGCUCACCUCGAAAGAAUACGACUGUGAUGUUGCGGACUUCGGGGACGACGAUCCGCGAGCCAGAGGCCAGGCCCACAUUUCGGAAUUCACGUCGAUCUUUGACGAGUUUCUUGCGGAAAAUCCGAGUUUCGUGAGCAAGCCAGUUCAACCGACAGUGAAGCAAGAGAGACUGGAAGAAGUGCUAGUGGUGCAAGAGUACGAGGAGUUUGGAAAGAGCAGUGAGUCUGCGGAGGAAGAGCUGGAAACAGUCUGGGUUGACGAAAGCGACGCUGACAAAAAGGCGAAAUGGGACUGUGAGACGAUCGUGUCUACACUGUCGAACCUCGACAAUCAUCCAUCGAGGAUCGGAGCUCCAGUCGGCAAACGGGUCGACUUCUCCUCGAUUCGCCAGGCGCAGCAGCAAGUGAUUCGCAUUGGCGGCAAGCAAAAGUUGCCACUGGAUUUCGUGACGCCAAAGACGAGCGAAGUGUUGAGCGAGCGGAAGAAAGAGUCGGAGCCACACAAGAAAACCGCUCCGCUGCGACAAAAGGGAGAGAGCAAAGAGGAACACAAAGCUCGAAAGGUGAGUUUGAUAUUUUCUUUGGAACUUAGUUCUCAGUUGCUGCUUUGGUUUUGGCAGAGCGCAGUGAAAGACGAACGACGAGCUGCGAGGAUGGCCAAAAAGGAGCUCAAAACUCGAUUCAAAAUUGAGUCACAGAGAGCACAGUCUGGGGCCGCAGUAGCAGCACCACCAACAAUUCACCUCUAGGUAGCUUAUUCUCGUUCGAAUUCCAUGACAAAAUCGACCAUAUGCUCCACUUUUCUUCUUCGCUUUUUUCUUACAGGAUCGGCUCUUUUCUAUACUCCCUGAGAAUGACAGGGACGCUCGUCGGUGGAACCUGCACAACCGGAAAACUCAGUCACUCAAACUUCUGUUUUCAAUGAUGCAACUCACCAUCCCGUGCUCGGUGAUGAUCAUCGAGACGUAGUCGGCAGGAGUUGCGUCAUACCUGGAAGUAACGCAAUAUGAAGAAAGGGAGAAACGAAUCUCAUUUGCGCA